AGAGCCGAAUGAUUUUGGAUGGAAUAUCGAGUGAUGAAUAUUCACCAAUGGUCGAGGCGGAUCCAUGGGAUUUGGAUCAGCUGCUCAGUGGUGAACAGAUAACCUCUCGCCCAAUGGCAACAUGGAAAACCUACGCCCGGAUAAUCCUCGCUCACGUCAGUCUUAUUGUCUUGUCGGUUGUCUAUGUUGGAUUUGGAGCGUUUCUCUUCUAUCAGUUGGAGCAACCGAAUGAAGUUGAAGUUCGAGCUAGGAAUAUCGAAAGGUUCAAUAUUCACAAACGACAAAUGAUUGAACAUUUAUGGGAGAUGAGGGAAAGCGGUAUUGGACAACACGUGGUGGAGGAUCUGGCUGUAAAAUACGUAGACAACGUCACUCGCAUUCUUUUCGAGGCAUUUGACACCCAUUGUAUAGGAGCUAAGCAUCUGAGACCCGGCGGAGAGGAUGAAGACUACAAUUGGACCUACAUGACAGCUUUAUUUUUCACUACAACUCUCCUCACGACUAUUGGUUACGGUAACUUGACCCCAGUAACCGGAAGAGGAAAAUUGCUCUGCAUCCUAUACGCACUUUUCGGUGUCCCACUGAUCCUUAUAACUGUUGCCGAUAUCGGAAAGUUUUUAUCUGAAAAUAUUGUUCAAUUGUAUACUUGGUACCGAAAGCUUCGGGAAAAGUGCUCAAAACAAAAAUACAGUGUCAUUUCCAGUAAGGACGAUAAGAAUAAGGAAGGGGACCUGAAUCUGGAUCAUUUGGAAAACUACAUCUCGAUUCCUAUAUUCCUAAUUGUGGCGAUACUACUCAGCUACAUAACAUUUGGAGCAGUUGUUCUGAGUAUGUGGGAAGGAUGGGAUUUCUUCUCUGGAUUCUACUUUAGCUUUAUUACAAUGACGACUGUCGGAUUUGGUGAUAUAGUACCAUUGAAACGGGAAUAUUAUAUUUUAGACUUAUGCUAUAUUAUUAUUGGAUUAUCGAUUACCACGAUGUGUAUCGAUUUGGUUGGAAUUCAGUAUAUUCGGAAAAUGCAUUACUUCGGAAGAGCUAUUAAGGACGCCCGAUUUGCUUUGGUAAACGUCGGCGGGAAGAUGGUUCACGUGCCGGAUUUAAUGAGAUAUGCGAGUGUUCUACAACAAAAGUAUGGCCAAAAGAAGACCCAUGACACAAUAAUUGUCAAGGGAGCUUAUGCUCCAAAGGAUCUGAGCAAAAUACGAUUUAUCGAUUUUGGAGCAUUGGCCUCAAUUGAAAGUUGGCAAUCGCUAUGGUCAAUUCUCACUGGAAGAACUCAAGAAGUUCAUGUUUAACUUAUUUUUAGAUUAAUUGUGUUUGUUUUUUUUUUGUUUUAACGGGUGUUUUUUAAUUAAUUUUUUAACAUGAAAAUAAAUCUAAAUUUUUCAAUUUAAUAAAUACAUAAAGUAUUUUCAAAGUUCAAA